CUGGGUGAGAUGGUGAAUUCGAAUCGUGUCUCUCGGAUCUGUGAACCAGCAGCAAAUUUCUGUGCAGUCGCGGAAAAGUGCAAAAAUUGUGCAAUUUAUGUUCGUCGUUCCGGGCCGUGUCUAGCGACGAUCGCGAGCUCGUCGGGUGUACUGCCGUUGCGAACCGUUUGUGGCGUCCCGAGCGAUCGCAAAAGGGUGAAAAAUCGAUCGGAAAAGUUGGGUCAAAAAAUUUGGGUUUUGAUGGCGGAGUGAGUGGAAAAAGAAAAACGCCAACCCCGCCCAAUGAGACUAAAUAGAAGUAAGCAUUUCCGGAAAGUUGGUGCACAAUGAAAAUUUCAGUGGCAAUGUCUGUGGAAGAGGAAAAUCUUGUACCAGAUGAGCUAAUAGCCGUCGAAGCAGCAGUAGGAAGCGCUUCCAGCUCCGGUGAGGUGUGAAAGAGUGCAGGCCCCAUAAGAGAGCCAUCGGAAAGAGUGAGAAAGGAAGCAGCUGGAAAAUCGAUUUGUUCUUCUGGCUCUGGGUACAUCGUCGUCAUCGUUGGUAUACACAACUUAGGCUAGGAGAAGAGUGCAUAAGCUUAAAAUAUAUCUAUACAGGAAGGACUGUGGUGUGUCUGUCAGAAAAUAAACCCCCAAGAACAGCAGACAGCACAGACCUAUUUCAAGUAUCAACAAAAAGGCCAAAAGAACAGGGAAUCCCGCACAUACGAGGGCGGGGGACAGGCCGAGGACAGAGCACGGAAGAAAGAAGCCAACAGAGAGAAAAAUGCCGAGUGCUUCGUUCUCCUCAUCCCGGUCGUACGUGCGGCGAUCCCGCAGGAAGGGAAAUCGAAUUCCAUUGCCGUCGAGAACGUCAGCUCUCUGCGAACCACCAUGUCAAAACAUUCCGGCCCCGAACGUGGGCGCAGCGCCGGCCGGUCAGCAGAACAACGGUCUCACCCUGGCCGCGGCUCCCGGUUCCGGUUCGUCUGUCAAUCCCGCCUCUUCCAAUUCCUCCAGUAGCGGCUCUGGUGGCAACAGCUCCUCCAACGUAAACAAUCCGAAUAUACCAAUCAGCACAAGCGCAAGCACAGCAGCACCAUCGUCGUCUUCGUCCUCCGGUUCGUCUUCGUCACAAGGAUGUUCUUCCGUAUCUUCCUCGGCUUUGCUAACCGGAGGGGCAGCAUCUUCGUCAUCUUCCCUGGCGGUGGCUUCAUCGUCCACGUCGUCGCCGUCAGUUUCUUCGAAUGCCAUCUCCUCGGUUGCCCUGUCCGAGGUCAAACAGAACUCAAACUCGCCCUAUGAUUUAAGAAAGAAGUCCCCCUUGGCAGCACAUGACUCCGGCAGCUGGCUUGCCGGAUCUGGCAGCUCUGGCGGAUCCAGUGGGGCAGGGCCGUCGUCCUCCGAUGGAAGCUCAAGCACUAGCAGUAAUAGUAGUCAUAGCAUUUUACAAUCUCAAGCCUACGAUGGCAAUGCUGCCUAUAUGCUUCCGGCACGGAAGCGACCUAGACGUGCUUACUCUACCAGCACUGAAACGACAGCCACGGUAACGGCCAACCCAGGAACAUGCGUUGGCAGUGGGUUAGGCAAUUCCACCAUUACUUCCAGUAUUACCGCUGUGACGGCGCAUUGUAUGCAAUCGGCUGCUCAUUAUCUGCAGUACGAAAUGCCCGACGAAGUUCUGUUGACCAUCUUCUCCUACUUGUUGGAGCAGGAUCUCUGCCGGGUUUCGCUAGUAUGCAAACGCUUCCAGACAAUUGCCAAUGAUACGGAACUGUGGAAGCGGCUUUAUCAGAGUGUGUACGAAUACGAUCUUCCUUUGUUCAACCCAGAACCAUGCAAAUUCAUCUUUGUCAAAUCGGAAGAUUCGGACUACGCAAACCCAUGGAAGGAAAGCUAUCGGCAGUUGUACAGAGGAAUUCAUGUACGGCCCGGUUACCAGGAUCGGAGGUAUCAGGGUCGGAGUAUAGCGUACUUUAACACGGUUCAGGCAGCAUUGGACUACGCCGAUGAGAAAAACUCGGCCAACAACAACCCUGCCGGCGUGGUGGGCGGAAGCAAUAGUAGUAAUAGCAACACUAGCAGUAGUAAUAAUGGUAACAAUAGUAGCUCUAGUAACAAUUCUGGAUCCGGAUCCGCUGGUGGCGGUGCUGCUGCCGCCGGUGGUGACGAAAAUUGUCCCCUGGAAAACAAUGGAUCGCUUAUAUUCCUACAUCAUGGCACAUACCGGGGAGAAUUCCUGGUGAUCGACUCUGAUGUGGCGCUGAUUGGUGCAGCAGCGGGAAACGUGGCAGAGUCGAUUGUUCUGGAGCGGGAAUCGGAAUCGACUGUGAUGUUUGUGGAGGGUGCCAAGCACGCUUACGUAGGUCACAUGACGUUAAAAUUUUCACCGGAUGUGACGUCAACGGUACCACACCACAAACACUACUGCUUGGAGGUAAGCGAGAACUGCAGUCCGACGAUCGACCACUGCAUUAUCCGGAGUACUUCAGUGGUGGGAGCGGCGGUCUGCGUCAGUGGUGUGGGUGCAAAUCCACUCAUCAAGUAUUGCGACAUUAGCGAUUGCGAAAAUGUUGGCUUGUAUGUGACGGAUUACGCCCAGGGAACGUACGAACAUAACGAGAUUAGCCGGAAUGCGCUGGCCGGCAUUUGGGUGAAAAACUAUGCUAGUCCAAUCAUGCGUGAAAAUCACAUCCACCACGGCCGGGAUGUUGGAAUAUUCACCUUCGAUAACGGGAUGGGUUACUUUGAAAAGAAUGACAUUCAUAAUAAUCGAAUAGCGGGUUUUGAGGUGAAAGCGGGAGCCAAUCCUACGGUGGUCAAAUGCGAGAUCCAUCAUGGUCAAACCGGUGGAAUCUACGUACACGAGAAUGGGCUUGGCCAGUUUAUAGAGAAUAAGAUCCAUUCCAAUAACUUUGCGGGUGUUUGGAUCACCUCCAACAGCAACCCAACGAUACGGAAGAAUGAAAUAUACAACGGUCACCAGGGCGGAGUGUACAUAUUCGGCGAAGGCCGAGGACUGAUUGAACAUAACAAUAUCUACGGCAAUGCGCUGGCGGGCAUUCAAAUCCGUACGACAAGUGAUCCGAUAGUGCGACACAAUAAGAUACAUCAUGGGCAGCACGGAGGCAUCUAUGUGCACGAGAAGGGCCAGGGAUUGAUAGAGGAGAACGAGGUGUAUGCAAACACGCUCGCUGGGGUUUGGAUUACGACCGGGAGUACGCCAGUUUUAAGGCGCAAUCGUAUCCAUUCGGGCAAACAAGUUGGCGUAUACUUCUACGACAAUGGCCACGGAAAGUUGGAGGAUAACGACAUCUUCAAUCAUCUGUAUUCGGGAGUGCAAAUCCGGACGGGAAGCAAUCCGGUGAUUCGAGGAAACAAGAUUUGGGGCGGCCAGAACGGCGGAGUGUUAGUGUAUAAUGGGGGACUGGGGUUGCUGGAGCAGAACGAAAUAUUCGACAAUGCAAUGGCAGGAGUGUGGAUCAAGACUGAUUCGAACCCAACGUUGAAAAGAAAUAAAAUUUACGAUGGUCGUGAUGGUGGGAUUUGCAUAUUUAACGGUGGAAAGGGGGUUCUAGAGGAGAACGAUAUUUUCCGAAAUACUCAAGCCGGAGUGCUGAUUUCUACGCAAAGUCAUCCGAUUCUGAAGCGGAAUAGGAUAUUCGACGGACUGGCGGCGGGCGUUGAAAUCACCAACAAUGCCACGGCGACGUUGGAGUUCAACCAGAUAUUCAACAACAAGUUUGGUGGUUUAUGUUUGGCGAGUGGCGUACAGCCGAUUACGCGAGGGAAUAAAAUCUUCAACAACCAGGACGAAGUGGAGAAGGCCGUGUCGGGUGGCCAGUGUCUGUAUAAGAUCAGCUCGUACACCUCGUUUCCGAUGCACGACUUCUACCGGUGUCAUACGUGCAAUACGACCGAUCGGAACGCUAUCUGCGUGAACUGUAUCAAAACGUGUCAUGCGGGCCAUGAUGUCGAGUUCAUCCGGCAUGAUAGAUUCUUCUGUGAUUGUGGUGCUGGUACACUCACCAACCAGUGUCAGCUGCAGGGUGAACCCACGCAGGAUACCGACACGUUGUACGAUUCCGCGGCGCCAAUGGAAUCGCACACUUUGAUGGUAAACUAGGGACUUGUUAUAUUUAUAAUACUGUGUUAAAAUACUAGUGAAAUGUGUAAAGCAACAGUCCGGAAGCAUGAGAUUCACACACCCACACUCUCACAUAUACACACGCGCUUAGGUAAACAAAAAACACGUUGAAGAAAUAGCAUACUACACAAGGAACAGAAAACAGCCCUACGUAGAUUCGAGGCAAACCCCGUAUUAAUAAUAGUCGGUCAUAAUUCAAAAUUUAAGAAAACACACAAGUUUAAGAAAACGACAUUGACAAGUAAAAACAAAGUCGCCAAGCAGGAUAUAAGAAUAAAAGUGACAGGAAUUAUGGCAAAACAAUCCUGGAAGCCUAAAACUAAUCGAUAUGAGAAAAUAAAAAAAAUCGAAUCAGUAAGUAGCCAAAACAUUCCGCACCUUGCGAGUCCCUAUUGGAACAAAAUUUAAAAGCAAAAUAUCAUUCAAAACGUGGUCGCAGAAGGAACGAAUCUCGUUUAAUUUCAAUUUAGAGUGUAUAACGCGUGAGCUCCUUUCGGAAUAAUCCAAGAACCGACAAACAAAUAGUAAAACAAAAAGUAUGUUGAGGAUCUUUAAAUUGGUGUGUGUAGUAACAAGCGUGUGUAGUGUUUCCAUUGUCCAGAACCAUGUAGCUUCACGAUGUACUUUGUUGUUUUCGAUUGAGUUUCGAUUUUUUUUUUGUAAAUCAAUAAGCGAACUGAAUGGGGCGACCCCCCUGACCCAAGUUGCGUCUUCGUGACAUGCAAUUUGUAAGUAUUAUUAUUAUGUCAGAAGAAGAAUAGUGUACCUAUUGUGAAAAAAUAUAUUUUGUUCGGAAUCAAAUUCUAGCGCAAUAGGCGAAUCCCACGUAUUAUACAUAUUAGUGACUGGUUUCCUUUGUUCUCGUGCGCGCUUAACGUUUUUUUUUUGUUCAAACUAAUAAACCAAUUGUGUAUAGAAAGUGUAAAUUCAAAGACGCAUUAUUAGGAAAAGUCAAUAGAGCGCAAAACUGAUAUUACUGUGUAUCUGUGUACUAAUAUUUAUAUUUUUAGUUUUAGUUAGGUGUUCCUAUGUCCAGUUUCUGUGUUCUUUUAGCGAAUCCAAAUGUUUUGCCUUUUUCGUAGAAGCCGAAUUUCAGAUCAUAAUGUCCCCUUCUUAACUACUUUCUAAAACAGCUUUAAUUGCGAGUGAUCCUUAUUUUAAAAUAGUUUUCUAUUAGUAAAAAAUACAACUGUCGAUUUAUUUAGUGGCAAAAAUUAUGAUUGUAGGUCACGCUGAAACCAUCUUGAUGCAGCAUUUUGUCGAUCUUUCGUUGAGUACUGGUUCGUUUUUGUCCAUCAUCAUUCAUCUUGGAUGAUGUUUCUCACAUUCUUUUAUGAUAUUAAGGAAUUUCUUUCAUUUUUGAAGAGUGUCUAAUUCAAGUUAUCUGAUUUAUGAUAAAACAAAUGAAUCAAACGUCGAUUUGCAAAAUCUGAUAGCAUCGUCACCCAAAACCAAUAAAAUCAAUAGGAAGCACAAGUAAUUAUUAUCUGCCUAGAGAUGUAUGCACGUAUUAUCUGAUUUUACAAAUCAGCGUUUGAUUCUUGAUAAGCUAAUGUAAGCCUUCCAAUAAAAGGGAUUCCUACAUGCAACAUUCGAGCAAAAGUGUAGUCGCACGCCAUAUUAAAAUACCCACUUUGGUUAGUUGGUUUCAUUUCUUCCAAGUUCACAAAGUCAGUUUAGUCAGACCCAAAGUUUACAAUGAACCAGAAGCAAGAAGUAUUCACCUCUUCUAAAUACGUACAUUUACUUCAUCUACAUUAAACUAUCUUUUCAACUAUCGUUAUUAAAUCGUUAAUUUUGUAUUCCAAAAUCUAAACCAUAUUCAAACCAGAUCAAUUUCCAGAACUAGAACUUCUGCGUACUUCCAUUAAAAAGAAAAACAAAUGCAAAACGAACCAAGCUCAACACAACCCAACUCACCGAGAGAGAAACUAUCAAUCGUAGAUUUCAUACAACGAAUCAAAUCUAGAAACGUCGAUUGAAGCCAAAUCAUACCAUGUUCUCGAUACUUUCUAAGGGUCUGUCUCAUUUGGAGAAUAAAACUUAAAAGUGACAGUUCGAAAAUUUAAAAAAAUAUCCUGUCAUAAGAAUGGCAGGCGCUACCCAGCAAUUCCAAUAGGACAUCUACGAAAAAUGAUUCGAUAUCUGUCAAAAGUAAUUAUGCUCUGCGAGCAGGGUUAUUCGAUAAUUAUUGGAAUGUCAUUUUUAAGUUUAAUUUCAGUAUAAUUCUCCAAAUGAGACAGACCCUAAAUCUUAGUUUCGAAUGUUACCGCAACCUUGCGACAACCCACACAACAACUAUUAGGAAAAACAAAAUACGGUUACUUAAUUCUCAUGCAGCCCAUGUUCGAUUCCGUAAUUUAAAACAGUGUGUCGUAUUGUGAUUUCGAUGUGGAGAAAUUAUUGUGGUUCAUUACUUGUUCGUGCGUGGGGCUGGGGCGUCACGCAGUUAAUAAGGCUCUCUUUUUAUUAGUAAAAUGCAAACUAGAAACAACCUUAUCAUCAGUUUUGAAAGAUUGUUUUGAUAAUAAACGUGCGAUCUAUAAUGGCUGAAGUUGGUCUCAGAAAUCAAAUUUCGGUAUUUUCUUUUUCGUACACUAGAGCGCAAUGAAAAGGCUAUGCUCACAACAAAAAAUAUUUUUUCUGACGCCUGUGCGGACAAUUUUUUUAUAACAAUUUCUAUCCUAUUGUGCAUGUGCGAAGUGGUCUUACCUGAUUCCCAUUAAUUACUCGAUAUUUUCAAAAUUACGUACGAAAAUCACCAAAGUUUUGUCUAAAAACAAGUUAUGUCUAGUAACGCAAUACCGCGGUGCAACUACUUGUGGAAAAUAUAAUAAAAGAAGAUCCCUCUUUUUAUUUCAUUCAAUCUAACAAAUUUGAGCUGGCUUUGUUCCUCUCCUUUUAGUAUAUUCCAAAAUGUUGAAAUGUGAAUAUUCAAUCGUACGUUUUUGCCCAAAAAGAAUCCCUAUACAGUCUUGUACUCGCAAAACAAAGCUAUAAACAAAACCAACGCCAGAGUAUUCUCCAUUUAUUUUCCGAGUAACAUGUACCUUGAAUAUUCAAACAGAAAAAAAAAGCUUAUUGUAAAUGUAAAUCUGUUGGUUCGUACGUCGAAGGACGACGCACUUCGUAUACUGUGUCCCAGUGCAUUUAUCUGUGUUACAGGUUGAAUAGAUGUUUAUGUUUUUUUUACACACGCGACACACAUUGUAUCGACUUUUAAAUAAUAUUUGUUUUACUGUGUAUUAAUAUGAAUGUGUUCGAAUCGUACCAUUAGCUGCUUAUUUUAGCGCGCGAGAUAGCAUUAGGAAGAAAAACUGUGUAUUUUAGGUAUUAUUGUACUUUCUUACAUAUGAUUUUGUUCGAUUGUCUAGAAUCUUGGCAAGUAGCUCGUACGUAACCGAUCACUCAUCAUCACGCAUUGUGACGUUUUAAUAGGUCUAUUAUUUCUGUGGUAUAUUAUCGAGCUAUCACAUUUGUACUGAAUCAAAACACGAGAGUUCUAGUGAACGACACAUAAUUAGUGUAAUUGGAGCUAUAUUCUAUAGGAAUGCAAACCAAUGACAUUUGUACAUUACUGUAUAUUGCACUUUUCCGCGCUGAUCUUAAACAACUACAUAAACAUAUGCUUUUUGUACAAUUUUUAUAA